GGGGGCAUUUCUGCCACAGCAAUCUGUGCUGCAGUUCACAGCUCUGACAUUCUGGUUUUUGGGGGUUGUAGGGAGUGUGUGGAGUACGUGAAGAGCUUCAACAUCCCCCUGCUGGUCCUGGGAGGAGGUGGUUACACAGUCCGGAACGUGGCACGGUGCUGGACUUAUGAAACGUCGUUGCUCGUAGAUGAAGCGAUUAGUGAAGAGCUGCCAUACAGUGAGUACUUUGAAUACUUCGCUCCAGACUUCACCCUCCACCCUGAUGUCAGCACAAGGAUUGAAAACCAGAACUCCAGGCAGUAUUUGGAUCAGAUCAGGCAGACCAUAUUUGAGAACCUGAAGAUGCUGAACCACGCUCCCAGUGUGCAGAUCCACGACGUGCCCUCGGACCUGCUCAGCUACGAUCGCACGGAUGAGCCCGAUCCUGAGGAGAGAGGCUCUGAGGAAAACUACAGCAGGCCCGAGGCUGCCAACGAGUUUUACGACGGUGACCACGACAACGACAAAGAGAGCGACGUGGAGAUCUGAGGCUCUGGACUGCUGGGCAUCCCACGUUGGACAGGGAUGCUUGGAGCACUUAACUGGGCUGUGUAGGAGCCCUCCCUUCAUCUUAGACUGCACAUGGUGGCAGCAGGAACAGCACCACUGCAGGAUUCUGCCACCCGGAGAGGCGGAGAACAGUGAAACGUGUUCCUGAGUUUCCACCACGUGUCACGGUUCCAGCUGUCACUGCUCUGGGAAAAGGGAUCCAUGCUGUGUGCUGGCUGGCAGCCUUGGCACUGCCUUCAGAGGCUUACCUGUGCUCUGUGACUCCCCUGCAGGCUCCUGCCAGCCAGGAGCUGGAGCAGCUGUGCCUGCCAUCUCUGCCUCUGUUCCGGCACCACCGGAUGCAUCCUGCUCUCCCCAGCCCUCCACUCAGGUACCACUCGACUGUGCUCUGCAGCCUGCACUGAGUUGCUUCCUGAUGGCCCUUCCAACCCUUUGAUGCUCCACAGCUCGAGGAAAACUAUUGGAGACCAGGCCAGUUGUGGGGUCAGGGUGGGGAGUGUCCCUGGAGCAGGGAGCAAGGGAUGGAAGGAUGUUUGCAGAGCCUAGGCUUGUUCCUUCCCCCCACACCCAGAUUUGCAUUCACAAACGAGUUCUGCAACACUCUGCUGAGUUGGGAGACCCAACUUCCCUGGUGUGUUUGUUCUCCAAGAGGCUAAAAUCCCUGUGGAACAAGGUCAGUACAUGGUGUGUCUUACACCUCUAACACAGCUCCCUGCUGUCUUUUCCACGUUCACACAUGGCCCUUCUGUGUGUUAGCAAGAGAUUUGGGCUGCUUGCUCCGAGGGGAAACCAUUCCCUCUUGACUGCACCCAGCAGACAUGGGUGAGGGAAGCUGCUUCCUCCAAGUCCUGUGUCUUUUUGCCCUCACACAGCAGAGAUUUGUCUCAGCCAUCCCUCAAAUCCCAGACUUUGCUGCUCCCUCUCCCGAGCUGUCACCUGGUACCUGUGGUGGUUUGGAAGUGCUGUUUGGGGAGCUGGGAGGGUUUAGCCUCUGUCUGUACGGUUCUGUUUGUUUACUGAUGUCUUUAAACAUUAAAUAAGAGGCAGUAUUUUUCUUACCUGA